UUGACAGUUAGAUGAAGAAGCAGAGUUCAUCCGUGGCUUUUACCAUUUGUGUUCUUUGAAGAAAAGACUUUUAAAUACAUUUUAUUCUUGUUUUUUUCAUUUUUUUAAAUACGUCCACUUUUUUCUCAUGUGGAGCUAAUGGGAAGGUAAAGCUUGAAUCACAAUCUGUGUUUGUAUUUAGUAAGGAGGACGAGCACAAAGUAACAUGACAGCGGUUUGACUUAACUUUGAGCAUUAUAUAAACAUUUUAAGAGCGCGUGCCUCUCACAAACUAAUCCUACAACAAUGAUCAAUGGAUAAGCUGUGAAACAUAAGAGCACUCAUGUGCUACAAACUGUACAAAAAAUAGGUCAGGGCGUUUAUGAUCCGGGGGUUUAUUUGCUAUUUUUUAAGUCGUCAUGCAGAAAGAACAUUUAUUCAAAGUUCUAGUCAUCGGAGACCUCGGAGUGGGAAAAACGUCGAUAAUCAAACGAUACGUUCAUCAGAUAUUUUCUCAGCAUUAUCGCGCGACCAUUGGAGUGGAUUUUGCUCUUAAAGUCCUUCACUGGGACAGUCAGACGGUGGUCCGGUUGCAGUUAUGGGACAUAGCAGGACAAGAGCGCUAUGGGAACAUGACACGGGUUUACUAUCGGGAGGCCGUGGGAGCCCUCAUAGUAUUUGACGUGACCAGAGCCUCCACAUUUGAUGCAGUGCUGAAAUGGAAAGACGACCUGGACUUAAAGGUCACUCUCAGCAAUGGCAAACCUGUCCCAGCUGUGCUUCUGGCCAACAAGUCUGACCAGUCACGUGAAGGUCUGCGUUCCCAGAUUCCAAAGCUUGAUACGUUCUGCAAAGAGAAUGGAUUUGUGGGCUGGUUUGAGACCUCUGCAAAGGAGAACACAAACAUCGAGGCAGCAGCUAAAUGUCUGGUGGAUCACAUUUUAGCCCAUGAGGAGAACAUCACCAGCAACACAGACCCAGAUGUGGUGGCCCUCCCCGGGUACAACAACAACACCAAAAAACGGGUCCGAGCCAGAUGCACGGCAUGUUCCAAAUUUUGAAUAUACAGGAGGAUGAAAGUCAGUGAGAAAAAAAGAAAACAUGUAGCAGUUUGUUAUAGAUUUAAGGGGACUCAGCCAUUUAACGGUAAUCCCAAAACAAUGAGAUUCAUCUUCAAGACACAAGAAAUGCAACAAAAUGGCGGGGACUGUGAAGAAGGAUUGUGCUGAUUAUAUGUAGCGUGAAAUCUCACAUCAUUAGAUACACUGUGUUGGUUGCGCUUCGAUUUUCAAGGAUUUCACUCAUCAGUGUUCUGUUUACAGGUGAACGCUCUGCUAUUUUAGCCAGGUACCAAGUAUCUUAUGACACAAGUCCAGGUCAAAUAUGCAUUUCUUGCUGUUUUGUGUGGGGACUCUUUGAGCAUGUAAUAUUUAUUAAAAGUGGCCUCUAAUCCAGUUAGCCUGAAAAACUAUGAUGUGCACACAAAAAUGCCUUAAUACUUGCACAGCCACAGUAUCUAGGAAUGUUAUCCUGCAACCUCUUGCAUUAAAAAAUAAAGCAUACAGUAUUUUCCCCCAUGUAAGCUCUUGAAUAUGAUAUCGUAGUCCUGCGCAAUUCAGGGUUGUGCAAUGAAAAGAGGCAAGAUGCACCAUUAAAGACUCUGAAAUGGCCGUCUGA